CUGCUUGCCGAUGGCUCGACUACAUGGCGCCGCGAUCUUCGAAAGAUUCGAUUUUGCCUCUUCUUGAACAACACCAUGGCCACAACGUCGGCUUUCGCCCGGUCCCGCGCCGCCCUCCGCAAGAAGACCAAGCCCGUCAAGAAGGCGCUCGAUGAGGAGCAAAUGGAGGAGAUCAAGGAAGCAUUUAGCCUCUUUGACACGGACGGGAGCGGCUCGAUCGAUGCGCGGGAGCUCAAGGCGGCCAUGCGGGCGCUGGGCUUCCAGGUCAAGAAGGCCGAGGUGCGCAAGAUGAUUGCCGACAUUGACAAGGACGAGAACGGCACGAUCGAGUUUGAAAACUUUGUGGAAAUGAUGACCAGCCGCAUGAACUCGCGCGAUACGCGGGACGAGGUGAUGAAGAUCUUCAAGCUCUUUGACGACGACAACACGGGCAAGAUUUCGUUCAAAAACCUCAAGCGCGUGUGCUCCGAGCUCGGCGAGAACCUUACGGACGAAGAGAUGCAGGAAAUGAUUGACGAAGCCGAUCGCGACGGCGACGGUCUCAUCAACGAGGAUGAAUUCUUCCGCGUCAUGAAGAAGCGGUCGGGCAACCCGUUAGACGACCUCGAUAGCGACGACGAUUAGCGUUCUUGUAUCAACGUACUCUAUCUCCGUCUCGAAUAUGCAAGGCUCCUACCAAGUGUCGCUACAUGAAGAGCUGCACACUCCCGCAGUCGAUGUUUGCAAGGGACGGAACUCGAUUGAGAUUAAUUGUUGAUUUACCUUGAAUUGGCC